UCCUCGCUCAGAUUUAAGGGUUCGAUUUUUGGUCCAAAAAUCCCAAACCCUUCUCUUUACAUUUUUUCAUUUCUCUAAAUUUUUUUGUUUUAUUUUUCUCUAAAUUUUUCUUUUUCUGUAAGUGGAAAAAAAAAAAAAUUGGGAAUUUGUGUUGGGCUUCUGAGAAAUUUUUUUUUUCCCAAAUACAUAAUCGGCGCGUGGAGAUCACGCCCCACUUGAUUCAUGGUGGCAUUGAGGAAUUGGGAGGCAUCGACUCUUCUAUGGCGUCAGCGGUGUUAGCCAGAACCACAUCGAACGGUGGAGGAGCUUUCAUGGCGAAACUCCCAUUUUCAAACCCUAACCCUAACCCUAACCCUAAAAAACGACAACAACAACAAUAUCACCACCACCACCACCACGAUGAAUCUCCGGCCGUGACGCAAUCGAUAGCCUCUGACGACGCGUCGUCGAUCAACCAUAGAAGACGACACAACAACAACAACCACCACAAUCACAACAACAACAACAACAAUAGUAGCACGACGACUGAAUUACAGGGUUCUCAGAAUCACAGCAAGCAAUACCUGAGCAUCAACAUUGCUACGUAUUCGAAGAAACAGCUCCGAGACCUAAAGUUUCGGCUCGUGUCGGAACUCGAACAGAUUCGCCAGCUCCAGCUUCGAAUCGAGCUCCAACGCAACAACGGUGGUGGUGGUGGUGCUACUACAGCCCCGAUUUCGUCGAAGAAAUCGAAGGGGAAGAAACGGAGCUUGGCUUUGGAGAAUCCAAUUUCGAACCCGAAUGCGAAUUCUUCAACGGCGGUUGCGGGUUUGGGCUCGAUGAUGAAGGCGUGUAAAGAUGUGUUGACGAAGCUGAGGAAGCACAAGAGUGGUUGGGUUUUCAACGAGCCUGUUGACGUGGCAGGUAUGGGUCUUCACGAUUACUAUGAUAUAAUCAAGCAGCCAAUGGAUUUGGGUACCGUGAAAUCGAGGCUCGCUCGGGAUUUCUAUCGAUCGCCGUUGGAUUUUGCGGCCGAUGUGAGGCUCACGUUUACAAACGCCUUGACGUAUAAUCCGAAGGGUCAUCUUGUUCACGGUAUGGCUGAGCAAUUGUUGGCGAGAUUUGAGGAAUUGUUUCGACCCAUUGGUGAAAAAAUCGACCCAAUUGAGAUCGAGCAGCAGCAUCAUCUGCGGCCGCAGAUUGAACAGCAACAGCUGCAGCAGCAGCAGCAAAGGCAGGUUUUUGAUGUGGAGGAAGAGUUGCAAGCGAGUUCUUGGAACAACAAGAAGACUAGUGUUGAUAUUGACGAUGAUGAUGCUGGUGAUGAUGAUCAUUUGGUGCGGAUUGAGGAGAAAUCGGAGCGAAUUGAUAAGGUUUUGGUGGAUCGAUCGGAGAGAUUGCAGGCGCCUGCUAGCUCAUCGAAUCCGCCAACAACAACAACGAAAGCAGCGCAGCCAGUGAAGCCCUUGAAGCAGCCGAAGCCUAAGGCUAAGGAUCCGAAUAAGAGGGAGAUGAGUAUUGAGGAGAAGCACAAGUUGGGGCUUGGAUUACAAAGCUUGCCGCCGGAGAAGAUGGAGCAGGUUGUGCAGAUUAUAAGGAAGAGAAAUGGGCAUUUGAAGCAGGAUGGGGAUGAGAUCGAGCUUGAUAUUGAGGCAGUAGAUACGGAGACCCUUUGGGAGCUUGAUAGGCUUGUUACCAACUGGAAGAAGAUGGUUAGCAAGAUUAAGCGGCAAGCACUCAUGGGCAACAACAUGAAAAACAAUGUGGAGUUACCUGUGAGUGAAAAGAUUGAAGUUGUGGCGAGUGAGGCAAAGAAGCCCAAGAAAGGAGGAGGGGAAGUUGGAGAGGAAGAUGUGGACAUUGGCGAUGAUAUGCCGAUGUGCAAUUUCCCUCCGGUGGAGAUUGAGAAAGAUGUAGGCGGUCAUGCCAGUAGUAGCUCCAGCAGUUCUAGCAGUUCAGACAGUGAUUCCUCUUCGUCAAGUGAUUCGGAUUCAGGGAGUUCUUCAGGGAGUGAUUCGGAUGCAGAUAAUGCGCAGUCUUGAAGCAGAGCCAGCAGCAUUGAAUUGUUGAAAGGAGCAGGAUAAGCAAAAUGCCUUCUUUCAUGAUGCUUUCCAUGAGAAGGGAUAUUUUUGUGUUGGAUAAGGGGAUGUUGAAACUCUGGAUGUGAUUUGUGGACUUUUGGGAUUGUUGCAAUGUAUUUUGAUGAUGGAAUUUGGAGUGAGCAAGCACUUUUGGCUGUGGCGUGACAUAAAUGUAAAAAGCAACCUCUAGUAGGGGAUAAAAAGAUGGAAAAAAAAAAAAAAAAUGUUAGGUUAGAUGGUAGAGAAAUGUAGUGAAAAAAAAAGGAGUUAGGAAUGAGUAGGUGAUAGAAUUAGAGAAAGAUUGAGAUACCUAUGUAUACAUUAACCGCAUUAAACAUGAUUUUAUAAGAAGCAAGCUAUUGUGGUUCAA